GUAGUGCUUUUGUUGAUAUAUUUUUAAGAGGGAGGGGAGAGGGCACUAAUUCCAAAAUUCAAGGUUGAAGGGGGCACUUCUUGGGGAGGAGGCACUUAUUUCAAGGAGACGCUUAUUCGAAUCAUUACAGUAUUUGACUUUUACCUGGGCAGUUUAGGUUUGAGUUUCGUCAUCAAAGAUUGUAUGAAAUUAUAAGGUAUUUAGAUGCAGGGGUUAAUCCUAUAAUAAAUUGCAUGUUAUCAUUGAUGUCUAUCUUUUGUAAGUCCUGCUGGGAAGAGAAGGAGAGCAAAUGAGCCAAGCAAGUCACAGGAUUCGAGCCCACCCCAAAGCGUUUUUAGCAGCCCGAAGCCAUCAUCUAUUAUCAGCACCCCAACAACACCCUACUCCCCUGCCGUCAUGUCAGAUGGAGUUCCUUCAAGCCGUUGGGGGCAUGCUGUUUGCUCUAUUAAUGAAAAUGAAGCUUUGGUUGUUGGCGGCCAGGGCCCCAAGUUUCAGAUGGUCAAGGAUUCUCUGUGGCUAUUAUCAUCUUCUGCAGCUGGCGAAUUUGAAUGGAGUCAGCCUAGGUGCCAAGAGAGUACACAUGCAGACCGACGGAUGGGACAUAGUGUCUGUUAUGACUCUGAAACCAAGACAUUAUAUGUCUAUGGUGGUUCCAAAAAUAAGAGAUGGUUCAGUGAUGUACACAAGCUGGAUACCACUUCUUGGACUUGGUCGCUAGUGCAGACAGUUGGCAAGGCACCCACUCGUUCAUACCAUAGCUGCACACUGUAUCGCGGAGAGAUGUGGGUGAUAGGAGGCGUGUACCCAAAUCCUGACCCCCAGCCAGAUGGGUGCAGUAAUGAUGUCCAUGUCCUGAACCUGGGCUCAAAGAACUGGUACAUGCCGAUCACCAGUGGGGAUAAGCCAACUCCACGCUCAGGGCACUCUUCGUGUCUAAUGGACACCAAGCUUGUGAUUUUUGGUGGAUGGGAUGCUCCUACUUGCUACAAUGACAUGUUCCUACUGGAUAUGACUUUUAUAGAAUUCAGUAAACCUCCAGUGACAGGCACUACACCAUCACCUCGUAGCUGGCAUGCUUCAGUGCAAUUACCAGGAAACAAAAUGCUUAUCAGUGGAGGCUUCAAUGGCAUUCAUACAACAAAUGACACGUUUAUAUUUGAAUUAGAUUCUUUGACUUGGAGUGAGAUUUCAUCUCUAAACUUUAGUGCCAGGGCAGGACAUGCUGCUUUCCACUUGGCCAGGAAGAACACAGGUGACCAGGGCCAGGAAAUUUUGGUGUUUGGUGGUGGUGAUAACAAAGAGGGUUUUUUUAAUGAUCUUGUAAUUCUGCCAGUGCAAGUUUAGGCUAAAGUAUGGAAAUAUAGCUUAGUAUUUUAAUGAUGAUUGGAAAGUGUGGUGAAGAAAUGAAAAAGUUCAUAUAUCUUUUUUGUGUUGUGUUGUCUGAAUAUACUAAGAAGUUAAAAUUGUACAGCAUAGGUCAAGGAUGGUGUGAGGAUAUAUUUAUUCUGGAAGUAUUCAAAUACCUGUUAAACCAUAAUAAUUUGGAUUGUUGUUUACAUGUUAAAGAAAAUUUAUAUAGGUUGUGUUAGAUGUGUUUAUUUGAAAAUGGGGCAUCUAUGACUGAGAUUUUUUAGAUACCUUAUGUGUCACCAUCAAACACUGUUGAUUUUGAUAGAAUAUAUUAGUGAUGUUGCUAAAGACUAAAAUAAAAAUGGUUGAGAAAUAAAUGGGACAUUUGA